AUGUCUUUCGCUCCCGGUGACGCUGCUAAGGGUGCCUCCCUCUUCAAGACACGGUGCGCUCAAUGCCAUACAGUCGCUGCUGGCGAGCCCCACAAGGUCGGCCCUAACCUUCAUGGCAUCUUCGGACGCAAGUCUGGCCAAAGCGAAGGCUUCUCAUACACUGCCGCCAACGUCAACAAGGGCGUGACAUGGUCCGAGCAAACACUCUUCGAGUACCUUGAGAACCCCAAAAAGUACAUCCCCGGUACAAAGAUGGCCUUCGCUGGCUUGAAGAAGGACAAGGACAGGAAUGAUCUCAUCACAUACCUUAAGGACGCUUGCGCAUAA